AUGGCGAACUUGAGAUCUUUCGAAGGUUUGCAAUUCAAUUUGUUGGCACUCUUCGAAAAGCAGGGUGCCAACCACGCAGACAUUUUCAUUCAGGCUGAAGGACGCGAGAUUCCUGCACACAAGGCGAUCUUGGCUGCGCACUCCCCUUUCUUAUCGGCACUCUUUGCAGAGAACCCCGGCCACGAACGGGUGGAGUUGGAACACAAAUUCACUGUGGUUUAUACCCUCGUCCGUUUGCUGUAUUUCGGAGGUCUUGCAGCAGAUCGGAUGACAUCGCUGGAAGGUUUGGAUCUCCUCAGUCUUGCAGAGGAGCUGCAGGUCAAGGCAGUAGAGGCAGAGGAUGUGAGGCCCAUCAUUGUGAACGGUCUGGACGAGUCGAACUGUGUGGAUGUCCUGAACCACGAAGCCCUCCACAAAUUUCCGGAAUUCGAGGAUGCCGCGUGCAAGUUUACUGGCGAACACCUGCAGUCGAUGUUGAAGAGCCGGAAGGAAAGCCUCCUCAAGGUUCCGAGGCAUCUCCUUACCAUCGUUCUUCAGUACGCCUGCCAUCAGGUUUCGGACGAUACCGAGACUGACCUCGUUGUCAAAUACUGUUUGCAGCACACACAGAUCGACUCCGCGUGCGACUUGCUUCGUGAAACAAAAACCUGGCAGUGGGGUGGUGGAGACUUCUCGGUGCUGCGGUCCAUUCCUGGCGAGGAUGUCGAGCAGGAGGAUCCAAGUCAGGUUUGGCGCAUCGAUGGAGUGCGAAUGGCAAUGGAUGGAACCCCAGCGAAGGUUGUAGCUGGGAAGUUCUUUGACUGGUGCAUCCGCUUGGAUUACGGAGCCGAGGGCAAAUUGCGACUUGUCUACGAGAGUGCGAAGCCUACGGAGGAGAGCCGCGCGAUCAACCGGUUUCCUGCUGCGAUGUUCGCGUGGCAGGUGAUGUACAAGGGCCAGAACGUGUUCCACGAGAAGCCGGUGUUCAUUUGCUUUCCGGAAAACGUUCCUCUGCAUUGGUCCACGACUUUGCCAAUUACCGCCUCGGAGCUCAGCGAUGAUGACAGCCUCGAGAUUACCGUGAUGAUGGCAGAGAAUCCGAUGAUCUCCUUGGUCCUGUACUAUUUCAGUGCAGACUUAAAGACCACCGUCUUCGCCGAGGAUAUCCUGAACCGCUUGCCGCACAUCGAGUACCGCUGUCUCUCCUCGUACUCCUUAGUCAAGACCCAUGGGCCGGAUGCAUGA